GGGAUCAGUUGAAUCUCAACUGCACGGUGAACAAGGGCCCAUUUCUCGCGCGGUACUCUGCAGCCCAGACCAUCCAGUAGUAGAACCGUGUCCGUGGUUGAACGCAGGUGUACGGAUCUGUGCUGCCAAGUGCUCUGUGCGUGUGUGCUGCUGCUGCCGCAGUGUGGUAACGCUGUGUACUUAAAUACUACACGCGAUCGUGUAUCGCACGGUGAAGGAUUCCAGUGUUUCUCAAAACAAUUCACGGCCUAAGGUGUGUGUGUAUGCUUAGUGCUUGGUGGGCAGAGUGUUAUGAGCAAUAGCAAUAGUAAACCCGAAACGUAAGUGACGAGUGCCGACCACAUCCCAAGUAGUGAUUAGUGCGGCAGAAACAUCCUUCAAAGUGACAGACGCGCAGGAUGUCGGCAAGCUGCGAAAUUACCAUCACCGGACCGCAGGAGGCACAGACCAAGAGCAGCCUGAUUGUGGUAUCCAACCGGUUACCGUUCGUGCUGAAGCGAGACCCCAAGACGGACAAGCUGAGCCGUCAUGCGAGUGCUGGCGGAUUAGUCACAGCGGUUGCGCCGGUCGUGAUCAAGGGCAAGGGACUGUGGGUCGGUUGGUCCGGCAUCACGCUGAACGAUGAGAACGAACCGAUCCCGGAGUCGGACCCGACCGAUCACACACCAACUGCCGGGCUGCUUUCGGAGCAGGUCGUCUCGGUGAACGUCGAACCGAAGCUGUUCGAUAGCUACUACAAUGGAUGCUGCAACGGAACGUUCUGGCCACUGUUCCACUCGAUGCCGGGUCGGGCGACGUUCUGUGCCGAUCACUGGAAAUCGUACUACGAGGUUAACAAGGAGUUUGCUGCCCGUACGAUCGAAGCCUUGGAGAAAGCGGUCCACAACAACACGCACCCUGGUGUGCCCCUGAUCUGGAUCCAUGAUUACCAUCUGAUGCUGGCGGCUAACUGGGUCCGUGAAGCGGCCGACGAAAAGAACCUUCCGUACCAGAUAGCAUUCUUCCUGCACAUCCCAUUCCCACCGUGGGACAUCUUCCGGCUGUAUCCGUGGUCGGAUGAAAUUCUACAGGGUAUGCUGGCCUGUGACAUGAUCGGGUUUCACAUUCGCGACUACUGUCUCAACUUUGUCGACUGCUGUCAGCGCAAUCUUGGCUGUCGUGUCGAUCGGAAGAACUUGCUGGUAGAGCAUGGUGGACGUUCGGUACGUGUGCGUCCACUUCCGAUCGGCAUUCCGUUCGAUCGGUUCGUGGAGUUGGCACACUCGGCACGGAAGGUGAUCAACACCAAUCAGAAGAUCAUUCUCGGUGUCGAUCGUCUGGAUUACACCAAGGGUUUGGUAAAUCGACUCAAGGCAUUCGAGGUCCUGCUAGAGAAGCAUCCGGAACAUCGGGAGAACGUUAGUCUGCUUCAGAUUUCCGUUCCAUCGCGUACAGACGUGAAAGAGUACCAGGAACUGAAGGAGGAGAUGGAUCAACUCGUUGGACGGAUAAAUGGACGCUUCACAACCGCCAACUGGUCCCCGAUUCGUUACAUCUACGGGUGUGUCGGGCAGGAGGAACUCGCCGCCUUCUACCGUGAAGCCUCCGUGUGUCUAGUCACGCCACUGCGCGAUGGUAUGAAUCUGGUGGCGAAGGAGUUCGUCGCCUGUCAGAUCAAUGAACCUCCGGGUGUGCUGAUCGUGUCUCCAUUCGCCGGUGCCGGUGAAACUAUGCACGAAGCGCUACUGUGCAAUCCGUACGAGCUGGAUGCAGCAGCCGAGGUGAUACAUCGAGCCCUUACGAUGCCGGAAGAUGAGCGUACGCUGCGUAUGUCGCGUAUGCGACGCCGUGAGAUGCAACACGACGUAAAUAGCUGGAUGAGACAGUUCCUGAAGGCGAUGGGAUCGCUGGAAGAGGACGAUAUCGGUACGACCACGAUGCAACCCGUCACUGUGGACGACUUCGAUGACUAUCUGCUAAAUUACAUCGGAUACAACCAUAAGCUCGCACUUCUACUCGACUACGACGGUACACUCGCCCCGAUUGCUCCCCAUCCCGACCUGGCCACGCUGCCUCCGGAGACGAAAAAUGUACUACAACGGUUGUCAAAUCAUUCGGAUGUGUAUAUCGCCAUCAUCUCCGGCCGUAAUGUGGAGAACGUGAAACAGAUGGUUGGUAUCGAAGGCAUUACGUACGCGGGUAAUCAUGGACUGGAGAUUCUGCACCCGGAUGGUAGUAAAUUCGUGCAUCCGAUGCCCAUUGAGUACGAGGAUAAAGUCAGCGGACUGUUGAAGUCGCUUCAAGAUUCGGUUUGCGGUGAUGGCGCCUGGGUAGAAAACAAGGGACCGCUCCUGACGUAUCACUAUCGUGAAACGCCUGCCGAGCUCCGUCCCGCCAUGGUGGAAAAGGCCCGGCAACUCAUCAUCAAGUUCGGAUUCCGUGCAGCGGAAGCACACUGUGCGAUCGAGGCAAAGCCGCCGGUACAGUGGAACAAGGGUCGCGCCUCGAUAUACAUCCUCCGGACGGCGUUCGGGGUGGAUUGGAGUGAGCGAAUCAAGAUCAUCUACGCCGGUGACGAUAUGACGGAUGAAGACGCCAUGAUGGCUCUCAAAGGUAUGGCGGCAACGUUCCGUGUUACAAACUCGCAAAUCAUCAAAACGUCCGCCGAGCGACGUCUGCCGUCGACCGAUUCCGUGCUGACCAUGCUGAAGUGGGUCGAGCGACACUUUAUGCGUCGUAAGCCCCGUGCCAACAGUCUUACGUAUCGGGGCAAGAAGAAGGAUAGCGUCAAGAUGCAGAUGGCGUUCGAUUUGGUGCCGAAUGCGAGUGCGGCCAACAGUGCCGCCAGCAGUUCGGACGAGCGUGAUUAAGGAGAGCGUUUUUGCACAUCUUCCUGUUUGUGCGUACGUGUUGUUUAAGUAGAUUAGUACUUUACCUUCCCGAUUUUCCUUUUCCUUCCAUUUUAUGAGUUAUGUUACUUCCUACUCUAGUUGUUGAAGCGAGUAUCCUUAAAUUUGCUUUGUUGUUUUGGUUUUCCCCGUGCGGCAAGCCGCAGUUUUCUGUUGUGUUUUAUUCCCGUUGUUUUCCGUGUGAAAUUGGGGUAGCGUUUAAGUUUUACGAGAGUUCGGGAACAAUCCAAAGGCCAAUGAAAGAAACCAAUGUGAACGUUUUGAGUUCGGAAACUGCACGAUGAUAUUCGAAAAGAGUGUCCCUAGGCAAUAAGGUUAGCGAAAGGUAAAUAAAUUCUUCUUAGUGGUGAGUUUACUAAGCAAAACGAGCAAA